AUGAUUGACAGCAAUUUAAAUCACGAUGAAAUAAGUCUUUAUCUUGACACCCGCUAUGUUUUUGCAUCAGAAGCUUCUUGGCGAUUACUGCAUUAUUGUCUCUAUGACAGAAGUCCAGCUGUUAUACCUCUCCAAGUUCAUCUUCCUGGACAACAUAGAAUAAUAUUUACUGAUGAUGAAUGCUUGCAAUAUAUGUUUAACUGUGCUAAAACCAAAAAAACUACCUUUACAGCAUGGUUCGAUGCAAACUUAGAAUAUCCUGAAGCAAGAAACCUUAACUAUGAAGAUUUUCCAACUAAAUGGGUUUAUAACAAGCGCACAUAUAAAUAG